UCAGUAAAGCCGUGUUUGAUGCUAGGAUUUUAGAUUUAUUUAUUCAGUCUUUUAUAUUCUUUUAAAUGGAAAAAGAGCCAUCUUUUCAUGAUGGAUCAUGACUUCUAAAUGUGCGCUUAGCAGUAAUCAAUUCUGGUGAAUGUUUCUGCCCCGGCUUAUGAUCAAAACAAAUAUCAACUGGCAUUUCUGGCAAGAAUUGAGAAUUUGGUCUAUUAAUCAUCGAAGUUACUGUAGAUUUUCUACGGACCAUCAACAUGAGAAUCUCAUUUCCUUGUUACAAUCAUGUAAACAGACCUCUCAAACUGCUCAGAUUCAUGGGAUGAUGUUGAAGACUGGUUUUGACAAUAUUCCAUACCCACUGAGCAAACUUCUUGCACAAGUUUGUAUGCAAGAUAUCCGGUAUGCAGCCGCUGUUUUCGAACAGAUAAAAAGCCCAAACCUUUACAUGUUCAAUACCAUGCUCAGAGGGUAUUCCAUCAGCAGUGAACCCCAAAUAGGUCUUGCUUUGUUCAAUUGCAUGAGAGCCCAAAACCACAGACAAGAUUUCUUGCUUGAUCAGUUCACUUUUGUUUCGGUUCUGAAAUCUUGUUCUCGUUUAUUGGAGGUCUGGACUGGGCUUGGAGUUCAUACGGUUGUUCUCAAAACUGGGUUUGAUUUGUUUUUGAAUGUCAAGAAUGCUCUUUUGCAUUUCUAUUGUGUUUGUGGGAGAAUUCCUGAGGCCCACCAGCUGUUUGAUGAAUUGAGGACAAUGAGAGACUUGGUUUCAUGGAACACGUUGAUGGGGGGCUAUCUUUGUGCGUCUCAAUAUGAUUUGGUUGUGGAUUUGUUCAAAAAACUAUAUAGGGAUGGUUCUGCCAUCAGUGUGACUACUGCACUCCGUGUUUUGUCAGCGGUGGGGGAACUAAGAGAUAUUUCUUUAGGAGAAUGUCUACAUAUGUUUUGCCUCAAGGUUGGAUUUUUGUGUAAUCUAAAUAUAGUUACUGCAUUAAUUUCCAUGUAUGGGAAACAUCGGUUCAUUUAUUCUGCUCGUAGAAUCUUUGAUGAAAUUGAUGUUAAGAAAGAUGUCGUAUUGUGGAACUGUUUGAUUGAUGUGUAUGCUAAAACGGGUUUUCUUGAAGAAGCUUUGGAAUUGCUGACAUUGAUGAAGCAUGAUGGCCUACUUCCUAAUUCAUCUACCUUGGCAGGACUGCUUUCUGCUUGCUCUGCAUCUGGGGCUCUGGCUAUAGGACAAUACGUGCAUGAUUAUGUGGAGGAGCAGCAGUUGGUGUUGGAUGUAGUUCUUGGCACAGCAAUCGUAGAUAUGUAUGCUAAGAGUGGGUUGCUUGAGAAAGCAGUCAGUGUUUUCGAUAGAAUGGAGUGCAAAGACGUCAGGUCUUGGACGGCCAUGAUUUCGGGUUAUGGGCUACACGGGCAAGCCAAUCAUGCUGUAACGCUCUUUCAUAUAAUGGAGGAGGAGGGAUUUGCACCUAACGAAGUGACCUUUUUGGCGGUGCUAAAUUCUUGUAGCCAUGGAGGUUUAGUGGAAGAGGGGACAAAGUGUUUCAGGAGAAUGGUGGAAGUGUAUAAAAUGAUCCCAAAGAUUGAACAUUAUGGAUGUAUUAUCGAUCUCUUAGGCCGUGCUGGCUUGCUGGAAGAAGCAUACGAGCUAAUCAGGGGAUUGCCACUGGAGAGGGACAGCACUGCUUGGCGUGCCUUGCUUGGGGCUUGUAGAGUCUAUGGUAAUGUUGAUGUCGCAGAGCGUGUGAAACAAGAAUUAGAACAAAUACAUGAAGAACAUCCAGCUGAUUGGCUUGCUCUUACCAGUACUUACGCUGUAGCUGGGAUGGUGCCACAUCAUACUUGUCUAUUGGAGAGGGCAAAGCUGUUGGUGAAAGAAGCUGAUUAUGUCCAACGUGCAAAGAAGGAAGCUGGAUGCAGUACAAUUGAGAGUUUAGACAACAUGAGAGAUGAUCUUCAUUAGUAGCAAACUUGAGACUCCCCACUACUUCUGUAACUUUGUUGGCUUGUUGCUUUUCUUGCUAACUCCAAACUGAAAUGCUGAAAAAAGGUACACUGUAGUUUAGAGGUGUUGUGUUUUUCUUUCCCCCUCAAUAAUAUCCUAAGCUCAUAUA